AUGGUAGAAUCUUCAGAUGAUAUUGGAAGAGCUAUACCCUUUAUUUCCAUCGACUAAAAAUCAGGCCACUUUGAGGUUACCUCCGAUGCUAUGGAAAUUUUAGAUUCCCUACCAAGGAACAUGAAAGUGUCAGUCGUAGCUAUCGCAGGUCCUUAUAGAUCAGGAAAAUCCUUCUUGGCUAACAGAUUAUUAAAUUAGAGUAAAGGUUUUGAGAUCGGUAGCACGACUCAAGCUUGCACUAAAGGAAUAUGGAUUUGGAAUAAGCCAGUCCAAGUUUCUGAAAACCAUAUCAUGCUCUUGCUUGAUACAGAAGGACUGGCUUCUACCGAGAGAUCAACAAACAUUGAUAUAAAGAUAUUCACACUUUCUCUUCUGUUAAGUUCUUUAUUCAUCUAUAAUCAAAUGGGGCCAAUCACUGAAAAUUCACUAGAAGAUCUUUCGCUGAUCUCAAAUUUAACUAAUCAUAUUCACUUUCAAAAAACUUAGAAGGAAACUGGAUCUGAUUACAGGACAUUCUUCCCUUCUUUUUACUGGGUACUUAGAGAUUUCUAUCAUGAUCUUGAAGGCUAAUCCCCCAAGAAAUAUUUGGAAGAUUGCUUGCAACCAACAAGUGGACUCUCCUCGGAAAAAUUGAAGAAAAACAUGAUAAGGGAGGCAAUCACUAAAUACUUCAAAGAAAGAGAAUGCUUCACCAUGAUUAGACCAGUAAGUGAUGAGAGUAAAUUAGCUCAUGUUGAUAGUCUAAAGUGGGAAGAAUUAAAGAAUGAUUUUAGAAAGGAGGUGACUAGUUUUGUAAAAGAUGUUAAAAAGAAGCUGAGGCCUAAAGUUGUGAAUGGAAAAUUCCUUAAUGCGAGUAUGGUCUUAUCUUUAGCUCUAGAAUAUACAGAGGCAAUAAAUUCCAAGGAGACUCCCACUGUGCUUACUGCUAUUGAUAGAGUUGUUCAAGCUGAAACAGCUAAAAUAACAGACGAUAUGUAUGAUCAUUUUUGCAACCAAAUCAAUGAGUCAUUAUCUGAAGAGAAUAUGCCAUUUACCAAGGUGACUUUCAAGAAAAUACUUAGGAAAUUAGUCAGAAGUACCAGGUAUCAAGUAUAAAAGUAACUAGGGUAGAUUUUAAAUCUAGAGGAAAUUCUAAAAGAAACAGCCAAUUUUGACGAGAGAAUUAACGAGAUAGUAAAAGCAAAACUGAAGCAAAACUAUUCUGCUAGUUAUCAUUAUGCAACAGGGCUUUUGACAAAACUCUAUCAAACAGUUGAUAAUCCAUUCAAGAACCUUCCAACAAAUAACAAUAAUCUUGACUCUAUAUUCAUUCACGAAUAUAUUAGGAAGUGGAUAGCUCUUGGCAAGGAAUAUAAGGAGCUUGGAAAAUGUACAAACCAAUGGGAGUGUUUAGUAGAGAGCUUAGUUAAAUUGCCAGAGGGAAGGUCUUUAUUCAUUUAGAGGGAGUUAAUCGAUUUCGAUUAAAAUUAUGUUAGCACAUCAACGAUUGGAGAUGAAGUGGAUGAUUUAUAGUCAAGUAGUGGUUAAAAUAGCAUCCAGUUGCAUUAAAACCAUCAUGCCUUAACUAUAUUCUAGACUGUUAUAGACUAAAUCAACGAUAUGAUGAACGACUAGCUAAAUAAACUUCGAAUAAACUAGAAUGAAUCUCAGGCAAACGAAAAGAAACUAUCGUAGAAAAAGAAGCAAAACGAUCAAUUGAUUGAUCUACAGAGAGUGCAAAAUGAUGACAUCACGAAUAUGAAGCAUGAACUUGAAAUGAAGAUUGAAAAUCUAAAGAGAGAGAUCCAGUCAAGACUCUAAGAACUGGAUUCACUUAAGUAAGUCAAAGACAUGGAGAGCAAAAAUGUUAAGAGAAUCUAAGACAGACAAAUCAAGGAAAAAGAUGAUGAGAUCAAACAGCUAGAAUCCUAGAAGAUCCAAGCAGAUCAAACUUUUUAGGCAUCCCUAGGCAAAGUCCAAGACUUGGACUCAGAAAAGCGCAAGGAAAUCUCUUUAGUUUAGAAUGAAAUUAAGAAACUUGAGGAGGAUGUGGAAGAACUUAAGAAUAAGAUGAAGAACAAGGAAAACAACCCUUUCUACAUCCAAGUAAAUCAGUUCUUCGGAGAGGUUAAAGAAUACAUUGAGGAGUUCAAGAAGAUUGUAGUUUCAUAAGAUGACUCUAAGAAGCAUAAAAUGCGUUUGUUUCAGCUUUAGAAGCAACUGAAUGACAUAGAGUAUCAAUCUAAUCAAAAUGAACUAAAGCAGAAAAAGAAGUAGGAUGAAGAUCUUAGGGCUAAGAAAGACAAACUAGAGCAGGAUUUAGAGUUAAGAAUUAUUGAAUCUGAUUAAGAGCGAUAGAAGAUAUAUCAACUUCAGGACAAGAAGCAGAUCUAUGAGCAAUAGAUUGAGAUUGUCUCUUCUAACAUCAAUGAUGCCUAAGAAGCGUAAAAGGUGUUGACUAAUAAGUUUGGCCAGGCAUUUAGAAGCCAGCAGCUUAAGCAGAAGAAAUUAGAUGAAGUCUAGAACGACAUUUAGAGCUUUGGUGAGCAGCAACUGAGAAUUGAAGAGCAAAUAUAUAAGAUCAGUAUCGAAAAUAAGCAGAAGUAAGAGGACAAGGAAAUCAUACUUAUGCUCUUACCCUAAGUGCUUAAGUAUCUUAAGGGAAAGCAAAAUAACAUCAAGGGAUUCCUAAAUCAAAUGGAAAACGAACUUGUGAAAUCAAAAGUCCAAAAAAUGUUCUUAACAUAUAAAAUACCUUUUAAGUGA